AUGAUGGGCCUCACGGCUCAGCUUCGUCUCUUCCUGGUUUUGGCUGCAGCCGCACAAGAGGAUCUCAAAGACAGCCACUUGGAGUUUGACUGCAAAUGCUGGGCUGCUCAGGGGCAAUGCGCGUCCAAUCCGUCUUUCAUGCUCGCCAGCUGUGCAGCAUCCUGUGCUCGGCAUCAGGCUUCCGAG